GUCAAUUGUACAUAAAUGCAACCAUUUUAGUUCAUGUCUUCCCUCUUUCUUUUCUUUUUUAUUAAAUUUCCAUCACUUUUUAAUUUUUUAAAGAAAAGAAAAAAUGACAAUGGAAUUACAAGAUCUAGAGAAAAAGCAGGCAGGAGACUUUCAAGAAGGAAGUGUCACGUUUGAUGCUUACAGUGAGGCAGAAAUAGAAUAUUCCGAACAAGGCAUUAUUGAUGUAAACCGUGAUCAUGCUGGUUCAUCUUUCCUUGCUUAUUUCAAUGUCGUGUGUGUAGUAGCUGGUACUGGUACACUUGGUUUGCCUUACGCUUUAAGACAAGGUGGUUGGAUUGGUAUCUUUAUCCUUUUCUUGGCAUGGACUAUGUCUGUUUACACUGGUAUUAUUCUUAUUCGAUGCUUAUAUGCCAACGGCAAACAACGUUUAUCAAGUUACAAGGAUGUUGCUAGAGCUUGCUUUGGUCGUGUUGGUGGCUGGAUAACCUUCUUUUUCAACUCUUGGAUCACAUUGGGUGCUCCCGUCUUGUAUAUGGUCUUGGCAGGUUCUAAUUUGAACGAGCUCUGUAAAGGCACUGUAGCUGAAAUUGGCGCAGUAAAAUGGAGCAUUGUUUGUUCUGCCCUUGUCGCUAUUCCCUUUAUCGUUGUCAAAUCUAUGAAAGAAGUUGCUUUUAUGUCUGCUCUAGGUGCCCUUGCUACUCUCAUUGUCGUUUUCAUUGUACUUGGUGUAUCCAUGGUUGACAAGCAAAGCAGUCCUCCUGCUCACCAUGAUUCUGUCAUUUGGAGCGAGUUUCCUAUUGCCUUAAGUACAAUUUCUUUUAGCUUUGGUGGUAACCCUGUCUAUCCUCAUGUCGAAGCUAGUAUGAAAAAGCCUAAACAAUGGCCAUUGGCUGUUGCCGGUGGUCUUUCUACUUGUGCUGCUUUGUAUAUCUUGACUGCUGUCCCUGGCUACUAUGUUUAUGGUGAUCAAGUCAAGAGUCCUAUUUACAGUUCUAUCAGUGAUGGUGUUCCUAAAAUCAUUGCUAUCGUUGUCAUGACCUUCCACGUCUUGACUGCUACUCCCAUUUUGAUUACCUCUUUUGCCUUGGAUGCUGAAGAAAUGCUUGGUAUUACUGUCCAACGCUUUGGUGUCUGGAAAGAAUUCGUGUUGCGCGCUAUCCUCCGUAUCUCGGUCAUGGUCUUCGUUGCUGUUAUCGGUGCUGUCAUUCCUCACUUUGAUGAUUUGAUGUCCUUGAUUGGUUCAUUUGCCAAUUGUGGUUUGAUCUUUAUUUUCCCUGUUAUCUUCUACUUCAAAUUGACUGGUUUCCGUAACAAACCUAUUUAUGAAAUUGCUUGGUGUUUCCUUAUUCUCUUAUUGGGUCUUGUGGGUCUCAUUUUCGGUACAAUUAGUUCUAUUGAACAAUUGAUCAAGGAUUUCCAAUCUUAAGUACUAUUAGAAAAGCUAUUUUUUUGUACAUAUAUAUCUCUCUUUUCUGUACAUGUAUUUUCAUUAUUGACUUAUACUGUAGCACAAAUAAAGUUAUAGUAGCUAUACCCGAAAAUUAGCCCAGUUUUUUGCCAUUCG